AUGCCUUCCGCCGACAAGUACUCCGACCCCAAGCUCCGCGAUGAGAUCAAGAAGGAGAUCCAGGAGUCCGACAAGGGCGGUGCGCCCGGCCAGUGGUCUGCGCGCAAAGCGCAGUUCAUGGCUGCCGAAUACAAGAAGCGCGGCGGCGGCUACAAUGAUGACGGCAAGAAGGACGAAUCGCAAAAGAACCUGACCAAGUGGGGCGAGGAGGAGUGGCAGACCAAAGACGGCUCGGCCAACGCCAAGCAGGCCGACGGCAGCAGGAAGAGGUAUUUGCCCAAGAAGGCGUGGGAGAACAUGUCAGAGAAGGAGAAGAAGGAGACGGACCAGAAGAAGCAGCAGGAGGGCAAGAAGGGAAAGCAGUUUGUCAAGAACACGGACAAGGCUGCAGAGGAGAGGAAGAAGGCGUCCGAUGCUGGAAAGGACGAGGACGAGGACGAGGACGAGGAGGAGGAGAAGGAGGAGGCGGGCGGCAAUAAGGGUCAGGCCAAGUCGAAGGGCAAUGGAAAGCAGAACGGCGGCAACAAGUCGCAGUCGCAGAGUAACGGAAAGAAGCAGUCGCAGAAGGGAGGCAAGCAGGCUGGCAAGAAGAGCCAGGAGGAUGAAGAUGGGGAAGAGGAGGAAGAUGAGGAGGGAGACGAGCAACAGGACGACGACGAGGCUGAGUACCAAGAAGAGGACGCUGGUGAGGAGGCUGAGGACGAUGGCGAAAAGGAAGACGCAAAGGCGGGCGAUAAGCGCGGCAAAGGCACCAAGCAGAAGCAGCAGCCUAAGAAGCAGAAGACCAAGAAGUGA